GUUCGAAGCCAAAGGGAUUCAAUUUUUACCCAGAAAGAAGAGUAGGAAUGGAAGGAAAGGCGCAUGGCAACCGACGUUCAAACAUUGGAGUCGCACCUACCAUUCCUUCCCUCCUUCCCGUUGCAUGCUACUUGCAAUCGACUCAUCUUCAUUUUGCUGAUCCCUUGAAGCUUCGUCCUGUGUCGGAGGAGUUCUGCCAUGGCCAGGACGGCGACCAACAACAGCAUCCAAGCCAAGCUGUUGCUGUGUCGUCUUCUGGCCCUAGCUUUGCUUACGGAUUCAACAAGAGGGUUCAUGUGUUUGGAUCCUUUGAGUUGAACAUUUCAGGCUUGGAGAGGUCUUGGUCACUUUCAUCAAGGAUCCACAUGAGUUACUUUGACCUUAUGGAGAUGAUUGUUCCGAUGGGCCCAACCUUCUAGCUGUUGGGUUAGCUCUUUAAUGUUCUUUCUGGGAAUCUUCUUCUGGUUUCAAAUAGGUGAUCCUUCUAGUGCCAAAGGAUAGGAACUUCUUUUGGGAGAAGGAUUCACGUUCAGCCUUUGGAGGAGAUUAGAUCUGAACCAAUAUGGUGUUGCUUGGAGAUAUGGGAACAGGAAAGACAAGCAUAGUGCUACGGUUUGUCAAAGACCAAUAUUUCGACUGUCAGGAGUCGACAAUAGGAGCAGCAUUCUUCUCUCAAAUUAUCUCACUAAAUGAGGCGACUGUAAAAUUUGAUAUAUGGGACACGGCUGGACAGGAGAGAUAUCAUAGUUUAACUCCAAUGUAUUAUCGCGGUGCAGCUGCAGCAAUCGUGGUCUAUGAUAUCUCAAGCAUGGAUUCCUUCAUUAGGGCACAAAAGUGGGUUCUGGAACUUCAAAGACAAGGAAAUCCAUAUCUGAUAAUGGCUCUAGUAGCGAACAAGGUUGACUUGGAAGCAAAGAGGAAGGUGGAGACUGAGGGAGGAUUGCAAUAUGCUCAAGAACACGGGUUGUUCUUCAUUGAAACUUCGGCAAAAACAGCAGAGAAUAUCAACGAACUCUUUUAUGAAAUAGCUAAGAGGCUUGUGAGAACUCGUCUGCCACCAUCAUCUGGGAUGAACUUGACCAAUGAAAUGAGAACCGUCGGAAGGAGAUUCUUUUGCUGCUCGGGAUGAUUUACACGGAAUUCACUCCCUCUGUUGAUCCUGUUGUUUACUAGCAAACAUUUGUAAAUUUAUUUGAAUAAAUAAACUGCUAAAUUGUUUAUGUUUGGAUACAAAUUUCUUCCUUUCUAUUAUUUUCAAAUCGCUUGGAAUUAUCAUAA